AUGAAAAGAGAGUUGUGUUUUGUGUGCGUAGUAAAAUCAGGUGUUUUGUCACCAAGAUUCUAUAAUGUAAAGAAUGGAUUUGUUGGCAAAGUUCCUAUUCACCACAAGGAACUGAAUGGCACUAUUUGUUGUCGACAUUAUAAGCAAUUUCUUGACAAAUAUCAUGAAAUGGAGAAAAAAUUCACAAACUCAAACUUGAGGACAAUUCAAACAGUGCAACACGAUACCUCUACUCAAAAUCAAUCUUAUCAAUUUCAUUUACAUUCUGAAACCACUAUUGGAACUAUAGCACCACUUGACAGAAAUGAAAUCAUUGAGAAAAUAGAUUCCAAUCUAUCCAUCAUACCAACAGAGUACCUCAUUCAAUGUAUUAAACCAAAGCAUUGCACUUGUUGCCAUAAUAGUGAUGUACCUUUUAAAAGUAUUACCAAGUAUGGCUUUGAGCAGACGUUGAUUUUUUCUUGCAGCAAUUGUAAGAAGACGUACACUUUCAGAACGUGUCCAAAAGAUCUUAAACUGAACAAACAUAUCAUUCAGUCGUACGAACUGUCAUCAGGUACUUAUGAAUCAUUGUCAACAUUUUCAAAGGUUGUGGAAUUACCGUUAGUUAGCAAAGGAGUUUAUUAUCAAUAUGCUAACAAGUUAUGGAACAAUAUGAGUAGAUUGUUAAAUCAAGAAAUGAACGAGGAAUUGUUUUCUGUGGCAUAUCAGAGAAUGAAGGCAGCUGUUUCCUUGUUCAUGCUUUGUGAAAUUAAGAUUUGUGGAAAGUCUUAUUAUUUAGGGAAUGAAGUUGUGGCAAUAAUUUAUUUGUACGUCUGUGGUUUUGCUAUCCCUUUGGAUAUUUCUGUUGAUGCAAGAUAUUCUUCAAGACGAAAUGCUCACGAAUGUACAUUAAUUGUGUUCGAAACUAAAUUCAAAAAAAUUAUUGAAAGAUCACAUGUGAUUAAGAAGAGAACUUUAAAGAAGCGUAGCAUUGCCUUAAAAGGUUGUCUAGAUAUAUUUGUUGGCGCUUCCAAAUUAAUGGAACCAGAGGCAUGCAAAAUGGCUAUCACAUCAUUGCAACAUAAAUCUUUUCCACUAACAGGUCAUGGACUUUUGCAUUUCAAGAUCAAUUCAUAUGUGCAUGAUAAGGACUCGACUGUUUCCACCAUAAUCAAGAAACUUGAACCAACAGCCGAAGAAAAAUUAGAUCCCAAUCACGUUGUCAGAAACGUUAGAAAAGAAGCUAAAGAGAGAAUUCCUCGUGUUGCAGUCAUUGUGGUUGAAUCAUUCAGAAAAUGUAUCAAAAUGACAAGUUCUCUCUCUGAUUCAGAAGCUGAGAAGAAGUUGAAAAAAUUAUUAACAGCAUAUCCAUAUCAUUUACAAAAUGAUCACUCAAAAUGCGAUGAAGGUUGUCCUGGAACAACAAAAAGUCAAAAAUUAAUUACAAAAGAAGAAGCAAUCAUAGUGCAAGAAAUAUUUGACAAGAGGAUCAAAUAUUGUCACAAAUUUUGUAACUCUGAAUAUAACAGCCAAACCAAUGAAUCAUUACAUAGUACCAUUUGUCACACCACGCCAAAAACAUUGGACUUUAGUCAUAAUUAUUGUGGAAGAGCUGAUUUAGCAAUAGGGCAACGCUUAAUGGGAAAAUUUUGUCAAUUAAGGAAAAUUCAAAAAUUUACCGAAGCUCCAUUCAUAAUGUCCAAAAUUGAUGCUCGUAAAUUGGAUGCAAAAUAUGAACAAGAUAAAAUCAGAAAACAAUCUAAAACGUACAAAGUUAGGCGAGUAGAGUUGCGAAAGGCUAACAAAGAAACCAAGCCACCACCACCAAGCAAAGGAAUGAUCGGAAAAUGCACUUGUUCCAAGAGUUCCACCUGUAAGAAAGCGUGUCCAUGUAAGAAAGCUGGAAAGCCUUGUACAUCAAAAUGUUCUUGUUCUCCCAAUAAGUGUACUAAUAACAAGAAAGUUUGA